UUCUGCGUUCAGACCAAUCUUUUAUGGCCUGAUGAGAUAUUCUAGGUAGCUCUUCCUUCCCGACCAUCAUCCAAACCACCAACUUUCCCAGUCAAAUCUACGAAAAAAUCCACGAAAUCGGACGAAAAUCCAGGGAAAAGUUCGACGGUAAUUCAUGAAUUCCGGCCAGACUGGAGAAAACAUAUGUGAACAAAAUUCUCGAAUACCGUUCUGGACAAUUUGAAGUUUUACUCCGGAAGCCUAUAGAACCCCAUCUCCUCUCUAGGUACCUAGAUAACCUGUGAAACCAUUAGUUAGUGAUUCUACCCAUAGACAUACUUCCCCAACACCUCGCCAAUCGAAAGGCAAAUGACAGUGUUGAAGGUGUAGCCAGAUCCAGUCCUUGUUCCAGUCCUGGUUUAGUCCUGAGGAGGAAGAUCUAGUCCUCUUCUGGUGUCCUAGACACUGCUAUCUAGUCCUCUAGUUCUUCUACAAGUGUCCUGGGCGUGUGUCCAGGACCAAAAAUUUCCAAAAUUCUGUCCGGGAAUUUGUCGACCGUGGAGUUGAAAACAGAACCUCUCCCGUACUCCGGGGAUACUCAUCUUCCACAUGACGGGGGUACAGGAGUACAGGGUAUGGGUAUGGGAUAUGAAGGUAGCGGCUACCCUGCCGGUCACUACUAUGGAACAGGAGGAUGUGAAGAUGCCCGGCAGCAUAGCUGGGCAGGAUAUCAUCACCAGGUUCCACAGGGAAGUCCCACCCAGAGAUACCCCUACUAUGAUUCCAGAAACGGUUACUACCUGCAUGGCGUCUCUGGAGUAAGCUCUGACCCCAGUGGUAGCGCAGGAAGCUGGCAUGAGCCGGUCAGUCAGACUAGAGCAGACAGCCCGACCCAGGCUACGCAGUACGCCCAGGGGAACAUGUACAGUUGCAAAUUACAAGGUCCACCUAGCCCUCCAGAAACUAAGAUGGAGGUAGGGACAGGUCCUCAUCCUGGCCAGUACCCCGCCUACCCCUGUACUCAACCACCUGGAGCCUGGAAUAAUAAUGUUCCAUCACAACACCUUGCCAACUCCUAUUCUCUAGCAGGACAUGGACAACCUUCUCCUAUUCCCCCAGGUGGUCAAGGUGGUCAAUCAGCUCCAGUUCCAUCACCUCUUUACCCCUGGAUGCGGUCACAGUUCGAAAGAAAACGUGGACGCCAAACUUAUACAAGAUAUCAAACAUUAGAGUUGGAGAAGGAAUUUCAUUUCAACAGAUACCUAACCCGAAGGAGAAGAAUAGAAAUAGCACAUGCUCUUUGUCUUACUGAGAGACAAAUUAAAAUCUGGUUUCAGAACAGACGGAUGAAAUGGAAGAAGGAGAAUAAAACUAAAGUUGAAGGAGGAGAUGAACCAGAUACUUCUCCUGAACCUCCAAACCAAUAACCCGAGGAGUCCAUGUCCUGGAAGAAUAUAUUUGGUCUUCUAGCAGAGUGAUCUCAAUGCUCAGGUGCACUAUGAACUGUGUUCCACAGUGUACCUGUCAGCUGAUGCAACAGCUGCUUCGUCAGCUGUUACCAGACUGAAUUAUUGGAGAAAGCAUAAAAUGCGCAAUUUCUGUGAAAGUUAAAAAUACUCAUUUUGCUUUUUACUCUUAGUUUUCAGUAUUUGCUAGUGAUAUUAUUUUUGGCUAGUUUUAUAAAAUAAUGUUGUGAUCAAUUGAUAUUAUAAGAAACAUGUUCAAGUUAACCUACAAGCAAGAAUUGAGCCUGAUAAAACAUUUGUAAAUACAGUCAAUCGAGGGUUCAAAUGUUUUUGAAUAUUUUUUAAUUCCAUAAGAUUAUUCAGAAAUGGUAAAACUUGAUGUGCACAUUUCGGGAUAUUUCAUAUUUCUCAAAUUUAUCGAUCCUUUCACCCCCCUAGGUCCGUGCUUUUAGAUCUUUAUGUCAAAUAUUGUUAAAUAUAUGAAACCAUUAUGUGUACUGAAACCUUCACCAAGAAGUACACUUCAUUAGUAACAGCACACUUUAUAAGCAGCAGUACACAUCAAAUUACAGAGAAUACUAAAGUAACCACCAAAAAGAACGGGAAAACAAUUAAUAUAAAAACAAUUAAUAGCAAUCUCACUGGUAAAAACAAUGCACA